ACUAAAUAUUUCAAUGAAAUUUAUUUUCGGUUUUUGGUCAAUUUUAUAACGGUUUGGUUUCGAAUAUUAUAUAGUAUGACACCGUCGGUUUUGGACUUUUGAAAACCGAACCGAACCGGCCGAUGCUCUCCCCACGUAUCUCCCCUCUUUUGGGCAUUCCGCACAACCAACCGAGGCCAAUUCGGUUUCCAAUGUUGGAAAACACAGGUCCACGGCCCAUUAGAAGGCACAAUGAAAACCUCUAUGCAUUGCUGACCGACUUCAGUCUGUCAGUGGAUACUUAACCAGAAACUUCUGCUUACUGAAUUCAGACCGUCACUCUAAGUUUCUGCUUAUUUUAUCAGCCGAGCUACAGCUAUGGCUAAGCGCAAUACCCGUCCCAGGAAAAUGUCCGUUCAUCAUUCAGACUUAGAUAGAAUCAGCGACUUGCCAGAAAAUGUCCUUGAGAAAGUAGUGAUGUGUUUGCCAAUUCGAGAUGCAGUAAGAACUAGUAUAUUGUCAAAAAACUGGAGGAACAAAUGGGCAGAUGCUCCUCAACUUAUAUUUGACACUACCUUUACACCGAUGAGGCAGGUUUCACAAACUAAUAAACAUCUCGUUACCGUAUAUGAAGUCUUAUUACUUCACUCUGGACCAAUUCAUAAAUUCACUCUCUCCUUUCCUGGAUUGAAAAGUUGUCCUGAAAUUGACCGGUUGAUUCAUUUCCUGUCUAGAAAAGGUGUUCAAGAUUUGAAGCUUUGCAUCUCAACUGGAAACUCCCACAAAUUGCCUUCAUACCUCUUUUCAUGUUUGGAUCUAAAAUAUCUGUGUCUGAGUUUGUGUAUACUCACACCUCCAACUAAAUUCCAAGGAUUUCGUACACUCAUUCGUUUAAAACUUCUGAAUGUCCAACUUCCUUCAAACUUUAAAAACUUUAUCUGCAAUUGUUGGUCACUCGAAGAGCUGAUGUUGGAUGACUGCUCAGAUAUCUCUUGCCUUGAGAUCAGCUGUCCUAAACUAAAACUUCUUUAUUUUAAUGGCUCUUACCAAACUUUGCGCAUAAGAAAUAUGCCUCAUCUUGCAACAGUGUCAAUUUAUGUGAUUGAUGUUAAAUCCGAGGGAUUGAAAGUUCAGGGACUGCUGCUACAUAAUUUACCUGCAUUGAAGUACCUGAGUGUAGAUGAUUAUUUUCUGAAGAGUUUGGUCGUUCAUAACGCAUUGAAGAGGCUUCCAACUCCUUUGGAACACUUGAAAACUAUUAGAACUUUUUAUGUAUCCUUUAGUAAAUUGGAGGAAGUCACAUCUGUUUUUCACUUGCUUAGAAGCUCUCCUAACUUGCAAAACCUUCAAAUAGAGUUUUAUUCAGAAGCUGUUGAACCUUUUGAACUCUUGGAUGCUGAAGAGCUCUUAAAAGCUGAAGGGCAGUCCGAUUACUCCUUAAACCAUCUUCAAGGAGUGAAGUUGCAAAAUUUUAACGGUAGCAGGCCGGAAAUAGAGUUUGUCAAGUUUCUGUUAGCCAAAUCACCUGUUCUCGGGAAAAUAUCUUUGCAGCCACAUUCAGGGAUAUCCAAUGACAAAAAACUUGCAAUAUUGGAGGAGAUGAUUCAAUUUCGCCGUACAUCACCCAAUGCACAAAUCAUUUGUGAGAAAUUUGUUGCCGAGUUUGCUGAUGUAGUAGUUAACAUGUGAAUGCAUAUGUGGUUAGAAUUAUCACCAAAACUGAGUAUGUUUAACAGUUUUUUGGAGCAAAGUUUUAAUAGCCUAUGACGGCAUUACUCA